CACCGCCCAAGCAUCUUAGAAUCUUAGAAGUUGCAUCGGCGCGGCUCAGCUAUGAGCGAUGCCUUUGAGAGUCUGGCAGCCACACAGCUGUACUUGGACGACGUGGAUGACAGGUCCACGCUGGCUUUUGCCACCAUUUCUUACGCGGAGGAGGAUUUCCCAGCGACCCAGCCCUACUUCGAGGGCGCCCCUCCCGGAGAUGAUCCGCUGGAAAAUCUGAGGACCGACGGUUGGGAAGUGAAAGGGGACGAUCGUCAGAGAGGCGUUGAGCUCUGUGAGGCUAUGAAUCGCUUUGAGUUCAAAGGGCGGAGCAGUGGACGCGCAACGCUCACGGAGGUUCUGCGCAAUGAAAGCGCACAGAGUCAGCAGAAGGGUAGAAGUGGCAACGAUCAAAGCAGUCAUGGUGAGAGUGAUUUCAAGGAUGAGGGCCAAGCAACCCAAAUCUAUCAUGACCCAGAAAUAGAUCCACCGGCGACAGAGGCAUUCUCUGAUGCUGCUAGAGGAGAUUGUGCAGCUAACUCAGGUGUUGUCCAGUGUGGCGCACGCUCAGCAGUGAGUCGGCCAGAGGUACCCAAGUUUGCCGACACAGAGCAGUCUUCUGCACCAAAGCCAGAUUCGGCAGACGCCCCAUCGGCUGCAGUCAAGCCAGUUGAGCUACAGGAACAAGAGGUCUGCUCGCGCGAGCCUGUGAGCGAUCAUGCUGAUGAUGGGCAGGACACGUUGGCCUACAAUGAAGAUGAGGCCGCGAGUGCGCCCUCAUGCCACAGCAAGGUGGAUGCUGCAGAGCACAAGCUCGAUGCAGCUGGGUGCGCAUACAAUUUGAUGUUAUGCAACAGUGAGGGCGGCACAGAGGGUGGCUUUUUGGAUGAGGGGCAGGAGACCCAAGUUUAUCAUGACCCAGAAAUAGAUCCACCGGCAACAGAGGCAUUCUCUGAUGCGGCUAGAGGAGAUGGUGCAGGCAAUUCAGAUGGUGUCCAGUGUGGCGCAAGCUCAGCAGUGAGUCGGCCAGAGGUACCCAAGUUUGCUGACACAGAGCAGCCGUCUGCACCAAUUCCGGGUUCGGCAGACGCGCCAUCCGCUGCAGUCAAGCCAGUUGAGCUACAGGAACAAGAGGUCUGCUCACGCGAGCCUGUGAGCGAUCAUGCUGAUGAUGGGCAGGACACGUUGGCCUACAAUGAAGAUGAGGCCGCGAGUGCGCCCACAUGCCACAGCAAGGUGGAUGCUGCAGAGAACAAGCUCAAUGCAACUGGGUGCGCAUACAAUUUGAUGUUAUGCAACAGUGAGGGCGGCACAGAGGGUGGCUUUUUGGAUGAGGGGCAGGAGACCCAAGUUUAUCAUGACCCAGAAAUAGAUCCACCGGCGACAGAGGCAUUAUCUGAUGCGGCUAGAGGAGAUUGUGCAGGCAAUUCAGAUGGUGUCCAGUGUGGCACAAGCUCAGCAGUGAGUCGGCCAGAGGUACCCAAGUUUGCUGACACAGAGCAGCCGUCUGCACCAAUUCCGGGUUUGGCAGACGCGCCAUCCGCUGCAGUCAAGCCAGUUGAGCUACAGGAACAAGAGGUCUGCUCACGCGAGCCUGUGAGCGAUCAUGCUGAUGCUGGGCAGGACACGUUGGCCUACAAUGAAGAUGAGGCCCCGAGUGCGCCCACAUGCCACAGCAAGGUGGAUGCUGCAGAGCACAAGCUCGGUGCAACUGGGUGCGCAUACAAUGUGAUGUUAUGCAGCAGUGAGGGCGGCACAGAGGGUGGCUUUUUGGAUGAGGGACAGGCGACCCAAGUUUAUCAUGACCCAGACUUAGAUCCUCCGACCACAGAGGCAUGUUGUGAUGCGGCUAGAGGAGAUUGUGCAGCUAACUCAGAUGUUGUCCAGUGUGGCACAAGCUCAGCAGUGAGUCGCCCAGAGGUACCCAAGUUUGCCGACACAGAGCAGUCUUCUGCACCAAAGCCGGGUCCGGCAGACGCUCCAUCGGCUGCAGUCGAGCCAGCUGAUCCGAGCGAUCCCAAGCAGGCCAAGCAGGCAAGGAGCUCGGCCUCACCGAAAAAGACUCGAACUUCGCGGAAGUCGGUGCGGCAAGUGUCAGUCAUGACGCAGACAUGCGCGGAGGAUGUGGCUUUGGUCAAGGCUGAGCCUAUCUCUCCCCGAAUGAAGCGGCCGCGGCUGAGCCUGCUACUGCCCAAGAGGCCGAAGGCGGCGAACCCAGACAGGGCGGUGGAUGCGCCAGGGAGCUACGCCGCCUCUACGGAGGCCUUGUGGAACGGCAAGACUCCCCGCAAGGCGGCGCACCUGUCGCUGCGGGAGCUGCUGGCGGCGAAGCGCGAGGAGGCAGAUGAGCCGCUGCUGCGCAGCGGAAGCUUCGGCAGGUGGGGUGGCGGUCGGCGAGAGAGCGGCGGGCAGCUGGCGCCCGUCAAGGAGGAGCCGCGCUCGGGUCCUGGCGCCGGCAGCCGCCGAAGCCGAUCCCCUCUGACGCCGGAGGCGCCCUAUCCGGCGAAGACGGAGACCCACAGCGCGGGCGGUGCUUCGGGCCAGCUCGGUCAGGAUCCGGUCGUUCGCUGCCUCAACUUCGAUGAUUCGCAGCCGGCCUGGCUGCGACAGGUGCAGGCGCUGCAUGGUUCGAAGAGUGCAGCAGGCCAGCAGGGCCGCCCGAGCUUCGGCGAGCUGCCCACGCCCUGCCGGGACCGACGGCAAAGCCUGUCACCAGGCAAAGCCGCGGGCACCCCGCCCACGGAGCCGGAGUCCCCCACCGAGCCUGGGUCUCCGGAGGCACCUACGAACAUCUCCCAGCCAGCCAGGGAGGCGGUUGAUCACGAACGCCCGGAGGACUCGCCAGACGAAGACGAGGAUGAAGAGUCAGAAGAGCACGGCCAGCCGGAGCGCGAAGUGUCAGGGCGGACGCAUGAGAAUCAGGCAGAGGCAACCUUUGCCAAGACCUCAGCUCGAGCAGAGGUGGAUGCCAGCGGUCACCUGUGUGCACAUUUGCUGGGCCCUGAUACGGAGUCCGAUGAGGAGUUGGAUCAAAAUGCUGCCGCAUGCAGGAACAUCUCCCCGGCCCCAGCCACGGUCGCUGCAAAUGCAGAGGAUGCAGAAGAUGCGGAAGACGAAGAUACAGAAGAUGCGGAAGACGCAGAGAAUGCCGAGGAUGGGGAGCCUGCAGAAAAUGAGAGGCCUACCGAUGCAGCGGUUCAGGCGGAGGAAGAAGAGGAAGAAGCUGCAGAAGAUGCCGAAGACGCAGAAGAUUCAGAGGAUGGGGAGCCUGCGGCAAAUCGGAAGCCGGCAGAGGAUGCAGCGGUUCAGGCGAGGGAAGAAGAGACAGAAGAAGCCGCAGUCGGGAAAGCGGACAUGGCGUCAGAUUUGGCAGCUGAUGCCAAUCCAUCGGAAAACAUGGACAAGGCGGCUGAUUUCAAUGACACCGAGACGGAUGAGGAGCUUUAUGCUUCUAAAAGUGCGGCAGCUGUGAACAUCUCUCCCCCAGUCAUUGCCACGGCGGAGGAUGCUAGCGCGGAGGAUGCCAGCCCAGCAGAGGAUGCGGACCGGGCCGAGACUGAAGAUGUUGAGCGCCCUGAGAAAUUUGAUGCCCAGAUUGCUGAGAAGCUUGCAGAGGCUGAGGACCCUGAAGAGGCUGAGGAGGCUGAGGAGGCUGAGGAGGCUGAGGAGGCUGAGGAGGCUGAGGAGGCUGAGGAGGCUGAGGAGGCUGAGGAGGCUGAGGAGGCUGAGGAGGCUGAGGAGGCUGAGGCCGAGAAUGUGGCUGAGGCCAAGGAUGCUGAGGAGGCUGCGGACGCUGAGGCCGAGAAUGUUACAGAGGCUGAGGCCAAGGAUGCUGAGGAGGCUGAGGAGGCUGAGGAGGUUGAGGAGGCUGAGGCCGAGAAUGUGGCUGAGGCCAAGGAUGCUGAGGAGGCUGCGGACGCUGAGGCCGAGAAUGUUACAGAGGCUGAGGCCAAGGAUGCUGAGGAGGCUGAGGCCGACAAUAUGGCUGCGGACGCUGAGGCCGAGAAUGUUACAGAGGCUGAGGCCAAGGAUGCUGAGGAUGCUGAGGAGGCUGAGGCCGACAAUGUUGCAGAGGCUGAGGCCAAGGAUGCUGAGGAGGAGGCUACCGAUGCUGAGGAGGCCGAGGCCAAGGAUGCUGCGGAGGCUGAAGAUGCUCCCGUGCUUGAGGCUGCCGCAGAGGACGGGGACAAGCAGGGCCUGUCGUUGUCAAAGCAGCCUGCUGGGGUGAGACAACAGGCGGAGCGCGCCAAUGCAGAGAGUGAGCAGGCCCAGCCGGUCUCGAAGGAAGCGCGAGAGGCCGCUGUGGAUCCCAGAAGCGUCGAGCAUUUGCUGAGCCCCGACACGGAGUCCGAGGAAGAGGCUCAGGAUGCCGCCUCAAAGGCCCGCGCCAUCCCGGAGGAUGCGGGCUGGGAGACCAUGGAACCCGCGAGCCUCAGGAACCCUGGCGAAGAUACCGAGGAGGCCGACGACUCCCCCUGGGAAUUGCUGCCCGCACCUGGGAAGCGCGUCGCGGAGCAAGAAGAGGUUCGACCCAAAAAGGCAGCAAAGCAAGCCUUGGCCAAGACGACGCAGGAAGAGCAAGAGGCUGCGGAUGCCAUGGCUCCUGACGCGCACGGCGACUCAGCGAGUCCCGCAGAGUCUGAAGAGGCGUCGCAGCUGGAGCCACUGGCUGCGCCGGUGGCGCUGAGUGACGAGGUGCCCAAACUGGAGGUGGCUGAGCCGAGCUUUGCCCAGACCACAGAGGAAGCACAAGCAGAGGCAGCGCCAGCCUUUGCAAAGACAACGCAGGAGGCACUGGCAGAGGCAGCGGCGCAAGCGGAAGCGGCGGAAGCGGAAGCGGCGGAAGCGGAAGCGGCGGAAGCGGAAGCGGCAGCAGUGCCUCAGGCCGAGCUGGCCGUGUGCGAGAGCUGCCCAAAGCCUCAGGUGAAGCGCACAGCUGCGAAGAGCCGCGCCAGGAACAGUUCAACUGCGACCUGGCAGAGGCCCUUGCCCGCUGACCUGGGGGGGCCGCCGGGUCUCGAUCCGGUUCCGGAGGCUCCCAAGCCGAAGGCCAAGGCAAAGGCGAAGGCUAGGUCGUCUGCGAAAGCGGAGGCCAAGGCUAGGCCGACUGCGAAAGCAGAGGCCAAGGCGAGCGCAGGGAAGAGGAAGCGUGAGGCAAGCAACGCUGACGAGAGGGCGGCGCCGCCGCGCGCGGCGCUCGCGGACGACGACUCGGUGGAGCCGGUGAAGAAGCGGCGCGCCACGGCGCCGGCCAAGUUGACUGCAGCCAAAAGCUCAGAGGCAAAGGCAAAAGCCAAGCCCAAGGCGGCACCGAAAGCGUCGAAACAAGCAAAGGUGGAGAAACCCAAGGCACCGCCAAAAGCUCGAAAGACUGGCGCAAAGGAGUCCAAGAUCAAGCUCACGUCCGAUGCCUUCGCCUCGCCGGCGGAGGCGGCGGUGGCCUCCGCCGUGGGACGCCCCGUCUUCGCGACUACUGGGCUGGAGCUCAGCAGCAGGCAGAAACGGCUGCUGCUGGACCUGCACGGGGUGUUGGUGGCGGACUGGGUGCCGCAGAUCUCGCAUGUGAUCGCUGAUACCUUCCGUCGCACAACCAAGAUGAUGUGUGCCAUCUGCAAAGGGGCGCAGAUUGUCACGCCCGCAUAUGUGAAGGCCAGCCGAGAGGCCGGACGCCUGGUAGAUGAAACGCCCUUCUUGCUGAAGGACGAGCUCUGCGAGGCCGCCUUCGCGCGGAAGCGGGGCCUCGGCGGCUACUCCCUGGCUGGAGCCCUGCAACUUGCCCGGAAAAAGGGACCUCUUCUGCGCGGAAUGUCCGUCUACUGCUUCCCUUCGGUGGGGGAGAAGCGUGAGCUCCCUCUGCUGGUCAGCGCCGCCGGAGGCACCUGGCUGAAGCGCUUUCCACUUCAGCCCAGCGACCCUUCAGUCCUUCUGCUGGCAGAACGGUCUGUGAGCAGUGAGCGGGAGCUGAAACGCCGCAAGCUCUUUGAGGUCUACGACGUGGAGCUCUUGCGCGAGGCUGCCUGCACCCAAGAGCUUCGGCGAGCCGCCUAUCGCUUGUAGGAAUCUGCACUGAGAUGGGGGGCUUCCGACGCUGCUCAUGAUCUAAAUGCGCCAGAGCAUGACAUGGUAAGUGUUUAAGACGUUGUUGAUUUGGG